AUGUCCUCUGCUCCAUUACCAUUGCCAUUUACUGCUGCCAACAGAAAGUUGGUCUGCAGCUAUUAUCUCCAAUCUUUGAGGCUAGCUAGAAACUGGAUUUUCAGAAGAGAUUUAUACAGAAAACAAUGCAUGGAGCUCCGAAGAAAGUUUGACAUUAACAAAGAUGUUUCUGAUCCAAAAGAACUAAACAAAAUCAUAAGGGAAACUCAAGGCUUACUCUAUGAGCUUAGACAUCCUGAUCCAAUUAUUCCUCCCGGAAGACCAGGAGGUACCAAAUACGAAAGGGUUGUUCCUCCCAAGUUGGACACUCCUUACCCAUCUGAUGUUUAG